UCUCCUCCAGUCCUGCUACACAGGCUACGCUGGCCAACUGAAGAGAGUUUGUGGAUAAUAAUGUUGAUAACGGAAGCUUCCUCUUCUUCUCCCCUCAGCCCCUGGCUUAAUCUUCUCAAUGCAAAACCCUCUAAAACACUCAAAACAUCCAUUUGCCAAGCUAGUUUCUCUGUCCAAAGAAGACCCACUUACUCAUGGAAUACUGCGCACCUCUCUAUCAGGUUCCUUCUACCUUCCAUUUAACAUACUUUUGAUAGCCUUCUUCAACUACUAUUACACUUUCCUACAACUGGAUCCUGAUGACGUGAGUGAACAAUUGAAACGUCAAGGUGCUUCAAUUCCACUUGUCAGACCAGGCAGAAGUACAGCUACAUUUAUCAAAACAGUUCUUAGUAGAAUAUCAGUUCUGGGUUCAACAUUUUUGGCUAUCUUGGCUGCUGGUCCAACAGUUGUUGAACAGAUCACUCACUUGACCGCAUUCCGGGGAUUUGUAGGAACAUCUAUUCUUAUUCUUGUUGGUUGUGCAACAGACACAGCAAGAAAAGUUCAAGCUGAGAUUAUAUCCCAAAAGUACAAGAACAUAGAGUUCUAUGAUUUUGAUAAGUAUUGACCGUUAAAGGAAUGGUGUGGUUUACAAAGCUAGAAAAACGCAGCUACAUAAUUCUCCCAAGAGGAAAUGUUGAAAUGUAAGCCAAUAGUCUCCAGCGUGUACAACAGUACCAUUACAUUUAUAUCGGCUUGUAAAUAAUGCUUUAGAGAAGCGAUUUGCUUUUAUUUAUAGUUGAAAAGAUUAUUCUGAAAAUCCAUCCAGUUUGCGUAGUAGGUUAUCAAUCAAAAGAAAUGGAUACAGAGAAGUGCGUCUCAGGCAUUACAAUGUUUUAAGCAUUUUUCCUCGUUAAAUAUUCUAAUAUUUGUACUUUGAAGCAAUUAUAGCCUUGUGAUAAUAAGGCGAAAAUAAUAUGUCCAAGACCUGUAUAGAACAUUAAUUUUAAAUUAUUUCAUAAAACAUAUUUUUAACAA